AAAGUCACCGGCAUGCCGCACGGGAUGGUGUGACGGAUUGACGGCGGCGCGACAGGUGAGUCUCCUUUUCUCACGCGGAACGCGGUUCAGGUUAGGUUAGGUUAGGACGCCCGCUGCUACCCGACGUGGACGUGGACGUUGGACGUGUCGCAUGCACAUGUGCAUGUUGCUCCAAUUAGCGAACCUGACGCGUGUCAAACAGCUGGAGAUACCGUACGUGGGCGAGCCACGACUAGUCUGAUCGAUCACCCGGCUCUCUAAGCAUUAUUUCUUCGUUUUUCUCGCGCUUCGGAAGAGAUUCCGAGGCCUUCGAUUGUCCUUUACCGACAGAUGUGCGUCUGGUCUUAAGGAAUUUAUGUGAUUUCCUGGAUAGCAACCUCCGUGGAGCGAGAUGUCUUCUGGCAACAUAUGACAGAUUCAAGCUCGUAAGAUCAGCGUGAUUUCCAAAAAAGAUGCUGCCACUCUCGCACAGUCCACGUGAGUCACGUUCCAACUUCCGCAGUAGGGUCAAGGAAAAGCUGCUGAGCUGGAAACGUCUCGUUUUUUCUGACAAAAAUAUCCGCAACUUAUUCCUGUUUCUAUGUCUCAACCUGUCUUUUGCUUGUGUCGAGCUGCUGUAUGGAAUAUGGACCAACAGUCUUGGUCUUAUUUCCGACAGUUUCCACAUGUUCUUUGACUGCACCGGUCUACUGUUUGGUCUAGCAGCGUCGGUUAUCACCAAGUGGAGAGCGAACGAUCGAUACUCGUACGGAUACGUCAGGGCCGAGGUGCUAGGUGGUUUUGUGAACGGAUUACUUCUGUUAUUUAUAGCUGUGUUUAUCAUGUCUGAGGCGGUAGAGCGAGCCAUUGAGCCACCGGAAAUCAAGCACGAGAGACUCUUCGUGGUGUCUGUGCUGGGGCUGAUAGUGAAUUUAGUAGGGAUAUAUGCAUUUCAACACGGACACGGCCAUGGCCACGGACAUCAUGGACAUGGUCACAGUCAUAGCCACAAUCAUAGUCAUGGUGGGAGAGGACAUCAAGAUCACUCUCACUCUCACUCUCAGAACCAUGACUAUUCUCUCCUGAAUCACAACUACGACCAUCACGUCGAGAUAGAAUCGUCCUUCAGUGGUACAAACUCGCAGAUCAUGAAGGGUGUGUUCUUGCACAUACUCGCGGACACCCUCGGGUCCGUCGGGGUGAUUAUAUCGGCAGUGCUGAUGCAGAUGUUCGGCUGGAUGAUCGCCGAUUCGAUCUGCUCUAUGCUCAUAGCAGUAUUGAUAGUGUUAAGUGUAGUCUCAUUGAUAAAGGAUUCGUGGGAAGUGCUCAUGCAGAGACAACCAGUAGCACUGGAUUACAUUUUGCCACAGUGUUACAAGAAAGUGACGCAGAUACCUGGCGUCUACAGCAUGCAAGAGCCGCACUUCUGGACCCUGUGCUCAGAUGUGUACGUUGGAUGUCUGAAAUUAGAGGUAGCUCGAGAAGUGGAUCCAAAGUCGGUCGUGGCGACAACGCACAAAAUUUUCCAGGCAGCGGGCAUCAAACAGCUUACCGUCCAGCUUGAUUAUGCUCCCAUGUGAUCCACGAAAGGCGUCGCGGAGUGUUCUCGUUACGAGUGUAACGGAAGUGUGUCUGUCUGCAGGCUCUGAAAUCCAGCGACAGUGUCGCAGACUGUUUUCGUCGAAAAUGUAAGCGACGAGAAAAUUAAGAGAAGCGUAGAUUUGAACUCGAGAUCCCUGGUUCCAUAGACUAGCUCUCUUACCACUAUGCCACACUGCUCCCAGGGAUCCCGAGUUCAAAUCUAUCUAAUGCUUCUUUAAAUUUUUCCGAUGUUUACAAAAAAGCCUAUGAUUGUGCGCAUAGGAAUGGUAAUCACCUUGGACUACAAAUCGUUUGAGGAUCGUGUAUGCCUUAGGAGAGAACUGCUGACGGGAUGAUAGAAAAACACAAUUUCUAAAAGUUUCUAAUCGAAUCAAAUUAUUAACUUAAAACACAUUUCUGAAGUAUGUAUGGUAAAAAAAAAUUUCUCUUAAUAUUAGAUACUAAGAACAACGGUCAGUUACAUUCUCUUCUCUGGAACAAGUGUUUUUCACUGUUUGUUCAUCUUUUUAUAAAUACUUUAUCGGAGCAAAGCAUCAUCUUUGUACUUGACUUGUAAUUACUGGUUAUUACAAGUAAGCAUUUCAGAGCCAGAUUUAAUUUAAUUAUAUCGUAAUAUGAGAGUAGCAUUACUUAGAUUUUUUAUUUUUGCAAUGAUGCCUUGCGCCGCAAUGUAAAUAUUUAGAAGAGAACAAAUCUUUAUAUACGCGAUGUGAGCUCGAACUCGCGACUUGUCACUUAUGAGUUCGUUGUUCUCAUACGGAGUUAUAUCGUAUCUCGCCUUGCGUCACAAUGAUGUGCGUUUGUAAGAAUAUUUUUUAACAUGACUUCCGAGAGCAAAAGAAUGCGGAAUCUUAUAUAAUUUGAAUAACUGAUCGAGACAAUUAUCAUUUUUAGAAAAUUAAAUUAUUGUUAGUUUGAAAUGUGGAAUCCAAAUGUUUAAGAAUAACGCAAGCGGCCAUAACAAUCUGGUGACAGCUGUAGAGAGCUAGUUAUGUCUGUACAUCUUUGCAUGAAAUAAAGAAAGUAACCUACAGUAAACAUGAAAAUAUUUCAUGAAAAUAUAUUUACCAUUUUUUAUACAGUGAUCUAAGAAAAGGUUGUUAUUUGUAUUUUUCCGUCCAUGCUAAGUAUUACCUUCCUUGUUACUCUGUAAUACUUUGAACUCAGAAACAUAACUUAGCAUGAGUGGAACAUUUGUUGAGUAACCGUACCAGUUAUGUAUGCACAAUCUGUUGGAUGAAUUUGUGUAAUAUUAUUUGUAUAUAAUUUAUAAUUAUGUUAUCGGGCUGAUGCCGAUUGUAGCUAAAUAAACGAAAUAUUACAAGUUAAUGACGUGAAAAAUUAGAACCUGUAAAAAAGCGUCAGAAUCCAAGGGAUCCGGAUAAGACGAUUUUAGAUUUUUUGGGGGAAAAUAUUUUCUCGAUUUAUUUGUAGAACACUUUUCUAAACGUAACGGGAACUUUUUGGAUCCUUACUGUAAAAUGUAAAUGAUCGAAAAAUUAUUGAAUGCGAUAUUUAUCUUUGAUUUUUAGCUUCGUGAUUAGAUAUUAAGCAGUUAAACACAGAUUUAAAUAAUGAUUUCAUCGGAUUUCUACGAGAAAAUCGAUAGCAAUGAUUUUUACAUUUCACACGUGUAUUAAUAUAUACAUAUUUUAAUAUAUAUUUUUAAAUUUA